AUGUUCUGGAGCCUCGCUGGUGGACAGCUGGUCGGCAAGAGAGGUGUUUUGACAAAACCCGAAGGAGAUGAGUCAGAAACGACUUUGAAAAUGCAGACCAUGCUUUCUGUGGCUUUUGGAGCGGUGAGUAUAAGCGUCUUGACUUUUGUGCAUAGCAUAUAACAAUAGUGCUAUCCAGUCAUGAUUCACUGAUCGGAAUGCUCCAUUGUCUUUUCAUUGAUUUGAAAAAUUUGGCGUCAGGGGCGCAUGAAGCAUCAAGAGAUUCGGGGGCCACCGGCUUCCAAGGGCACUUUUGGGUAAUGAAGGGGUGAAGAGAAAAAAAAUUUCCGGUUGUACCAUAUUUCAUACUUAAUAUAAUACAAUCGCCCAAACCUCGAACUGCAACAUGCAAUGAACUGUUGAACCCUUACUGAACUUCUAUGAAGAACAGUUUACUGUAUAGUAACGCCAGCCUUACAAUGAUUGGUCCUUUCUGGACCUUUGAGUAGAACAGUUUACAACUGAUUGGGCUAUACAGUAAAGAUAACGUGAGUUGAACUUAGUUUGUUUAAGGUCCUAAAAAACUGGCGAAUUCCAUGUAAAAUUAUGAAAUAUUUUAUAUAAUUUCUCCCCCAGGAUGACGUCACCUUUACUGGUUCUAUGAGCGGGGAUGUGUAUGUUUGGCAACAUCAGCAAAUGAUCCGUUUGGUCCAGAAAGCUCACAAUGGUCCUGUGUUCACCCUAUUUACCACCCUAACUGACGGUCUUAUUGUCUCUGGGGGGAAGGAAAAAGGGUAAGGAUUUAAAAAAAAAGUUUAAAAAGUUACCAUACUGUAGAUCGUUAAAAACAAUAAGACACAAACCACUUCAUUUUAUUGUAUGGAAUACUAUUCAGGUAGUUCAGACGCAAACCACAGCAGCUUGUUGUAAAGUAUCUACACUGGACCACCACGUUUGAGAUAUUUUUUCAGGCAGUUCAGACACAAAUCACGACAGCUUGUUGUAGAAUACUACUGUACAUUCACUGACCCCCACGUUGAAGUAAGUAUUUUAUCGGUACAUUUUAGAAACUUAAAAGAUGGUGGCUCAGUUAAGUUGUGGGAUCAAGAAAUGAAACGAUGUCGUUCUUUCAAUCUUGGAAGUGGCUCAGCCGUUGAUGUCGUGAAGUCUGUCUGUAGACAAAAGGUACAGUCCUAAUGAAACCAGAAGACAUUUGAAAUUUCCGAUGUUCCCUAGAAAUUUUCACAAAUAAAUUUUGCUUCCCGUGAAGUAAACAUGUUUUCCAACAAAUUCAGAAUCCUAAAUGUGAUUUUUGUUGCAAAAAUGGUUUUCCCAAAUUGUAGUCCAUUUUGGUUUACCCAUGCACAGGGCAGCCGAGGAGGGGUGGGGGGGGGGCGGCAAAUUGCCCCGGGCCCUGAGGGGCCCUAGAGAUUUUUUGUUGGGCCCCAGUCAUUUUUUUGGGUGAAAUAUUUCCGCGCGAAGGGCAAGAUAGAUGUUUGUUUUUUUGGGCAAAGGACCGAAAUUUGGUAUGAAAAAUUGAGGUAAAGUCACUGGAAAGCGAUUACAACGUACUCGUUCGGAAAAUUUUUUGAAAUAGGGGCCCCUAAAAAAAAUUUUCCCCGUGCCCCCGCCAAGUUCUCGGCGGCCUUGUGCAUGUAUGUAAGUAAGUACUAAGUUAAUUAUCAACUUACUGAGAGCUAAGCUGAAUUGCGAAGGUCACAGCUCAACUAGAAAACCUCGGACCCGCGAACAGGCUGCGUAGGAGACUACAGCUCAACCUGAUAGCGUCGAAGUUUUUCUGUAAAGUCAGCCACCGUUUGACUCAUGUUUGAUCACGGAGCACAGCUACGGUGGAACGGUCAGUUAGGGCCUUGCCCCAACCCACUCUGUCAACAUGCCCUGUGUGGGAAAACCGAAGCACCCGGCGAAAACCCACGAGCGUUGACUAACUCUUCACAUAAGUGUCUUGAGUCCGCAGCGGAAUCGAACCCGCGAUCUAAGAGGUGAAUUGAAAGGCGUUUGCUCUGACAAUUGCGCUACCGAAGCCCCCUAACACCAAAUGCUUGUCGUAUUGUAUGAAAAUUUCAAACAUCAUUAUUUCAACAGGGAAAUAUUUUGGUUGGCACAAAGUCCGGGGAUAUUUACGACAUCACAGAAAAGUCGUCAUCUUCGCAGGUCGUCGUGAACAGUCACACAGAAGGAGAAAUCUGGGGUCUGUGUGCUCAUCCAGAAAAGGAUGUUUUUGUCACCGGCAGUGAUGACAAGACGGUCAGAUUAUGGGAUCUAACGAAGAAA